UGGCUCGAGGCGGCCGCGUGAAAAAAGAUCCGAUGGCGGUCGGUCUUAGUUUCAUGUAGUCUUCUCAAUCCACGCGCCAUGGUUCGGCUCUCGCUGGUUCCCUUUGGGCUCCUGACCCCGAGCCUGGCGCUGAGCCCGGUGGCUGAUGCGAAUGAGCCCUGGACGAACUUCUUGGUCUUCGAUGCCCAUUACCUGCCAAUGGCGAAGUGUUGGUUCCGGUGGUUCGAGCAGAACGCCUCCCCACAGCCGCUGAAGGUGGGGUGCAUGGACGCCCGGAGCUGCGCGGAGGCGAGGAACUGGCAAGCUCCGCUGCAGAGUAAGGUGAGUCACAUGGAGGUCCUCAACGAGGUGGACACCAGCCUCCUCACGCGUCGCGCGGAGGCCCGGGGCGCCGCGGCGAAGCGGGCGUUGGAGGUGAAGUCCGAGGGCACCGUCCUGCCGCGGCAGAUGAUCCGCAGCGAGGCGAGCGAGGACGCGGCGUCGCAAGAGGCGGGCGACGGACAGUGGCCCAGGAACAACUACAUCCACAUGUACCACCGGAUGAUCUGGGACACUUUGGAGCAGCACCAGAGGGCCAUACUGCACCUGGACAUCGACGCCCUCUGGCUCAAGAGCCCGGACCAGUACCUGCAGAAGGUUUUGAGGAAGCACCCGGACGCCGACAUCGUGGUGAGUUCCAGCACUGAGGCGAACCCAUUGUCCCUCCGCGAGAAGUGGGGCUUUGUCUUAAACGUGGGCUUUAUCCUGUACCGGUACACGGACAAGGUGAAGGCGCUCUUCGAGGAGGAUCUGCUGCCCGCAAAGCACCAGUCCUGCCAGCAGCUUCUGAACUUCGCCCUGGAUAAGAAGGGCUGCACCUGGAGAAGCAACGACACCAACACCAGCGACACAUUUGGCAAGUGCGGAGGUCUCAAAGUGGUGGCCCUCUCGCAGUCCUUCGUGUCGCGCUCCGUGGACCUCAGCUACAGCCCGGAGGCGCUGCCCAAGUUGCCGGCCAUUGCGCAUCCGGACACCGGGCUGCUGACCAUGACCGGCAUCAGCAGGAUGAAGAAGUUCCGAGACAUGAACCUCUGCAGCUGAGGGACGCGUACGCGGCAUGUGGCGGGUUUCCCCGAAAAUUAUCGGUUGGGCCCACUGAACUUGUGGUGG